AAAAAUUUGUAUAAAUGCUGACAAAUUUCAAGACAUUAUUCCAGCAAAGGAGUUUAUGUAGAAUUCCUAGUGCCAAUAUCAACGUUUUCUUCCAGUUUGGAGGUGAGACCCCAGAGAUCAAGGCCAAAAGAGCUGCUGCUAUUAAGAAGGCCUACAAGGCCAAACAGCUCAAACAGGAUCAAGAUGAGUUCUCGUGGUGGAAUAAAGUGAAGGACAUUACUUUCCAGGAGCUUAAGGGAAUCCCACAGAAGCAAGUUAAGAGAGAUCUCAGAAGAUAUUUAACAAUGUUUGAAAAAUCACAACUUCUUCAGGAUCAGACUCAUAUUCACCUCAGAAGAGCCGAUUCCAGGUUCCAGGAGCAUUACUUCCUUAAACGUCUGAUUUCUGAUAAAGAGAGGGAAGAGGAAAUUGAAAGAGAUAUGCUUAAGAAAGAAGAGAGAUUCUCGCCUAAUAAUGAAUCUGAAGAUCUGCUCUCUGAACAACCCAGGAACGCAAAUAUUCCAAAUUAUAACUUUGAGCAACAUAAAGAAUUUACCAAAAUUUAUAAUGAAGAAAUAGAAAAAGACACUUAUAGAAGGAACGAGAUGAAGAGGAUCCUUAAGUACAUCAAACAUAACCCUGAUGAGUCACUCUCCAAGAUCUGGAGGAAUGCAAUCUUCCAUGGAAAGAUUUCAAGCGCUCUUGAUAUUGACAGAUUUGUCGACGAAAGUGUGGAUAUUGAGGGAUUCAAACUUCAACCUCUCAAGAAUAAGAGAGAAGUCAUCCUAACUAAGAGCUCAAAUGAUAUUACUGAUUAUGACUGCUGGACUUGCUUUGAUAGAGAAACUGGCAUCAAUGAGUACCACAGAGAUCCAGAUACAACAAUAAUGCUUUCACCUAAAGAAGUAAGGCAUGUGUUCGGAGAUCCUCUCUGGUGUCCUAAUGAAACUACUACAGGAAUAUACACUUUUGAAGACACUCAUUUAGAUAUAUUCGUGCUUGCAGAACCACAUAGCACUGUCAUCACCAGAGGGGAGAAUAAAGACCCAGAGUAUUACGAAGCUCAAAAGGUCUUAGACAAAUCCAGAAGAGAGAAACCUUUCUAUGAUAUUGAUGAGUUCUGGUUAUCUGAAGAAAAACGUAAAUUCUUCAUCUUCUGAACCAAAUAUGCUUAUAAGAGAAAAUUCAAAAAGUGGUUGUAUAAUGAGAUUGAAGCCAAGAAAAAUGAGAAAAGCUGAGAAGAAAGAGUAUAUGAAAAAUAUGGCCACAUGCUCAGUCAUUUCGAAAAUUAUAAUGAAGAUUAUGAGAGAUUCAACGAAAGAGGCGCUGAAAAAGUUGCAGCUUUUAAUUACAUGUGGACUGACUUCCUUGAUGAAGAAGAGCUGAAGGAACUAGACAAAGUCCCAGAGCUCCCAAAACCAGCAGAGUAUCUAGACAUGGAUAAAGCAUAUAAAAUGAACUUGAGUAAGAAGGAACUAGAAGCUUUAUAUCAACAACUGAAGGAUGAGGAAAAGGAAGAUGAGGAAAAGGAAGAUGAGUAAAGCAUUCAAUUCUAUCUACAAAUA